AUUUGUUUGAGAAAGCGCUGCGGGAGAAAGACGUCCUCUUGAAUCUCUGGCAGGGCGGGGUCUAUUGCUGUCCUGCUGGGCUACCCAGCCUACAGCAACCUCCGCUACGACCCCGGACCACCUUGGGUCACGUCUGUGAGAAGAAAUCAUGAAGCGAUUGGUAGCAGCCUGGCUUUUGCUUGGACUCAGCCUCGGUGUGCCCCAGUUCGGCAAAGGUGAUAUCUGCAACCCCAAUCCAUGUGAAAAUGGUGGCAUCUGUCUGUCGGGAUUGGCUGAUGAUUCCUUUUCCUGUGAGUGUCCAGACGGCUUCACAGAUCCCAACUGCUCUAGUGUUGUGGAGGUUGCAUCAGAUGAAGAAGAGCCUACUUCAACAGGUCCCUGCAUUCCCAACCCAUGCCAUAAUGGAGGAACCUGUGAGAUAAGUGAAGCAUAUCGCGGAGACACAUUCAUAGGCUAUGUUUGUAAAUGUCCCCGGGGAUUUAAUGGGAUCCACUGUCAGCACAAUAUAAAUGAAUGUGAAGCUGAACCUUGCAGAAAUGGUGGAAUAUGUACAGACCUGGUUGCUAACUACUCCUGUGAAUGCCCAGGGGAAUUUAUGGGCAGAAAUUGUCAAUACAAAUGCUCUGGGCCAUUAGGAAUCGAAGGUGGGAUCAUAUCCAAUCAGCAAAUCACAGCUUCAUCUACUCACCGAGCUCUUUUUGGGCUCCAGAAAUGGUACCCCUACUAUGCUCGGCUCAAUAAGAAGGGACUUAUAAAUGCCUGGACAGCUGCUGAGAAUGACAGGUGGCCAUGGAUUCAGAUAAAUUUACAAAGAAAAAUGAGAGUUACUGGAGUGAUUACCCAAGGAGCAAAAAGGAUUGGAAGCCCAGAAUACAUAAAAUCUUACAAAAUUGCCUACAGCAAUGAUGGGAAGACCUGGGCAAUGUACAAAGUGAAAGGCACCAAUGAAGACAUGGUGUUCCGUGGAAAUGUUGAUAACAACACACCCUAUGCUAAUUCUUUCACACCGCCAAUCAAAGCUCAGUAUGUACGACUCUAUCCCCAAAUUUGUCGAAGGCACUGUACUUUAAGAAUGGAACUUCUCGGCUGUGAGCUCUCAGGCUGUUCUGAGCCUUUGGGGAUGAAAUCGGGCCAUAUACAAGACUACCAGAUCACUGCCUCCAGCGUCUUCAGAACGCUCAACAUGGACAUGUUCACAUGGGAACCAAGGAAAGCCCGGCUGGACAAGCAAGGCAAAGUCAACGCCUGGACCUCCGGCCACAAUGACCAAUCACAAUGGCUACAGGUUGAUCUUCUUGUCCCCACCAAAGUGACUGGCAUCAUCACACAAGGAGCUAAGGAUUUUGGUCAUGUGCAGUUUGUUGGUUCAUACAAACUAGCCUACAGCAAUGAUGGAGAACGCUGGACUGUGUACCAGGAUGAAAAGCAGAGAAAAGAUAAGGUUUUUCAAGGCAAUUUUGACAACGACACUCACAGGAAAAAUGUCAUUGACCCUCCCAUCUAUGCAAAACACAUAAGAAUCCUUCCUUGGUCCUGGUAUGGAAGGAUUACUCUGCGGUCAGAGCUUCUGGGCUGCACAGAGGAGGAAUGAAGGAAGGGACCACACAUCCCACCAGGCUUUUCUUUAUAUCCCUACAAGUAUCUCCACGAAAUGAACUGUGCAAAGUCUGAUGGAAACUGAAUGUUGGGUUUUUUUCCUCAUGAAAAAGUGUUCAAAUUAUGGUAGGCUACUAACAAUCUUUCAAGGAGUUCUAAGUCUGCCUCUUCAGUAAUUUUGUUUUUAUUGUGUAACUCUCCUAAGUAACAUCACACCAUCUGUGAAUUACUCUCCUUAUUCUAUGAAAUAUAUACAUUGGCUGAUGUAUAAUAGGCAGAGAAAGUCUCCUUUUUACGGCAAAACAAAGAAACUCAUAGUCAUCGGAAAAAGGGGUUAAGAGAGAACUAUGGUCACUGUUCAACUAACUAUUAUAAAAUAUUACAAUGUUAGCAAUAAGUUUUUUUCUGUAAUGAAUUUGGAUUAUUUUGAUUGUUUCCCUGUGCCUAACACUGUUAGUGUUUAUUAAAGAGAUUUGGAGAAGAAUAUAUGAUAUGCACUACCAAUCAAUAUAGCAAUUUUAAUUUUAUUUUCUUUACUUCUAAGAAAAACUAAAUUCUUUAUGUUCAGGCUUAUAUUGUUUAUAUGCUAGAUAAAUAGGCUAAUAUUCUUUUUCAUUGAAUUUUCAUCCUUUGUUUACCUUAAAAUAAUGUGUUUGUUUAUAUAAAUAGAACAUUUAUUAAUAUACAUUGAACAAGAUUGGAUCAGUAAAUUGUUCUAUAUUUAAUAUCAGUACACUGAACCUGGGUUUUUAUUUACUGAAGGAAGCUGUAUAUAUUUCAUUACAGAGGCUUCCUUGUCUGAGGAUCCCUUGUUAU